GGGCAGAUCGCUGACCUUCUACAGGGAACUUGGUUCAGACUGGAUGGCUCCGCUACUUUGGUGCUCACGGCCAGGGGGUCCCGGCCAGGGGACCCCCUGGCCGACAUCCUCUUUGCGUUCAGCUUCGCAGCGUAUCUAAAGGCGGCUGAGAUGGCACUCCGCACCAAAGGCCUUGAGACGCCUGUGCCCCACGCAAAGGAAGCUACUCCCUGGAUUCACUGGUCGCCUGUUGACAGUGUAGGCUGCGCUGCAUGGGCUGACGACUAUGCGCACGCCCAAGUGGCAACCACGACGUCGGUGCUGUGCCAACGUGUGGUCCAGGCCGCGGAGGUUCUGGCCUGUCACGCUGCCUCGGCCGGCAUGCAGCUCACCUACGCUCCGGACAAGACUGCCCUUAUGCUGGCUUCGGACUGUGAUCCCCAGCCCGAGCACGGUCUGCAGCGCAACUCCGAAGGUAGGCCAGGCUUUGUUAUCAACAAUGCUGUGCUACAGCAGAGCCAUUUCUUGCCUCUGAUAGCCUCCUACAAGCACCUGGGAGGUAUCCUUACCUCCAAUGGGACUCCCGGAGCCGACAACCAAUUCCGAUAUGCCCAGGCCUAUGGGACGUUGCGACCACUGUAUGGGCGCUUCUUUUCGACUGUUGGCAUCCCGUUGGACUUUGCCGAUGGCCACGGCGAGACAAAGCACCGCACAGCUAUUUCGUGCUACGCCAUGCGCAGGCAUGGCCCUGCCACCCUGCUUCACCUUCUGCACGUGCAUUGGCGCAAUGAUGGGGCUAAGUCCUGGAUUGGGAUGUUUCAGGCAGACAUCCAGGCGGUAGCACAGUAUGCGGAGCCAGCGGCGAUCCUCCUUCAAAUGGCAGAUCCCGUUGCGACCCUCUUGGAGAAGGUCCAAGAGGACGCCAGGUGGUGGCCCGCGCUCAUUCGCCGUGCCAUCAAAGCCUACCUCGCACGCCUCGAACGCUGGGAUCCCAGUCUGAAGGCAGCAGAGGAUGAUGGGGAGCCUGCGGUCGAGCUUCCGUUCC